AUGUCUCUCAAAGGAAAGAUUGCCCUAGUCACAGGCGGGGCGAGAGGAAUCGGCGCUGGAAUAGUUCGUGCUUUAAGCGAACAAGGAGCAAAGGUCGCAUUCAACUAUGUUUCCCCAUCAUCGCGUACAGCUGCAGACUCCCUUGUCGAGUCUUUACAGAAUGACGGCCACGAGGCAUUCGGUAUACAAGCGGACCUGGCUGAUACCCAGGCCCCAGCGACCCUUGUUUCCGCGGUUUUGUCUGCCUUCCAAACCACACAGAUCGACAUACUCGUCAACAACGCCGGAGCAGGCGACAACAGACCGCUGGAAGAAGUAACGCUUGAAAGCUAUAACCAGCUGAUGGAUAUCAACGUCCGCGCCGUGGUCUUCAUGACCCAGGCCGUUCUGCCUUACAUCCCUCGCGGCGGCCGCAUCAUCAAUCUCUCUUCUAUCUCCGCGAGAGGCGGCUACCCAACACAGUCUGUGUACGCUGCCACCAAAGCCGCUGUCGAGGGUCUCACCCGCGUAUGGGCUACCGAGUUGGGCCACAAGUAUGGGGUCACAGUCAAUGCCGUGAACCCGGGCCCUGUCGAUACCGACAUGUACCAGGCUGCCGGACCAGUCCAUCUCGCCAGGAUGGAGGAGCAGAAUAAGAAGGUACCUGCUGGUCAGCGAUGCGGCACUACUCAGGAUAUCGCAGAUAUUAUUACAUUCCUGGCGGAGGAAAGAUCCAGAUGGGUCACUGGGGAUGUGAUCUGUGCGAAUGGUGGCAUGCUAUAUACUUGA